AUGGCUACAGCCCAUGGGGUUUCGACUCACCUUCAAACAGGUCCAAUGGCUGCCUCGGCGCCAAUAACAGCGAACGAGGUGCAGGAGUACGAGCGAAUUCUCAGAAUCAGCGAUGAGAUAUUCGCGGGCUCCCACCCACGUCUUAAGGUUCCCCAGCAGUUUGUGCGCAAACCUGCAACACGCAAUGGUCAGGCUGGCUUAUUUGCCCAGCAGCAUGUGAAGAACAAGCCUCUGGCGCAAAAAGCGUCAGAGAAUGCACUGUUGCAAGUAGGGACGCGUUCUCCGAACACCACUCAGGGCCCCAGGUCUGGGACUGCGCUAUCGACUGCCUCCGCAAUUUCCACACCUCCCUCAACCCGCUUGACUUCCAAAACUGUUUCAGAAAUCGAUCCUAUAUUCCUGACUAAAUCCGACGAUCUAGUCAGGGCCGAACUUCAGCUUCAACGGCAGAGACUGGAGAGGACACUGCGUGAUAAACUGGAACAGAAAAAAGAAAGCAAGCAAAAGCCUGCGCUGUCGGACACAAGACCCGAAUUUGAUGUCUCGGAGGUGUUCCAAAAAGCUCUCCAGAUGGUGGCACCCGUUUCGCUGAGUGAACCUUCUGAGGCGAAUGGUGACUCCUUCGACGAGAACUCAUUCUACUCUAGUAGAGCACCUGACUCCCCAGACGGAGGUCAGCAAAAGCUUUCUCCAGUCGCACCGGCUCAGCCGGUUGGUCUCUCCACACGUGUUCCUGUAGAGACUUACGCAGAUGAGUUACAGCGACUUGAAACUCUGAACCGACCUGGCUCGGAUCAGGAAAUGCGCGAUGCUUACCCUGUUGCUGACCAGCGUGCCCCCUCCUCUCAAAAACAGCCAUCGUCCGCUCAAGCGGAAAUUUCCCGUCGACUGCAUGAGUCGCAACAGUUGGAGGCUCUGGAAGAACCAGAAUACUCCCCGCCGGCUCCAGUAGCUCCGCCAAUCAACCCCAGGUACUAUGAGCAGGGAGUAGCAAAUGGUGAUCGCCGAGGCAGAAACGCCGAUCGAAACCGGGCCACACAAGUACCGACAUCUCCCGCGGACGUGACCAUUGUCCGCCAGAACCACAUCACAUCGCCCGCAGCACCCCGUCCGUCGCGAGUCUCGCCUUUGGCUGUAGCCAAGGUACCUUCUGUCCAGCAAGUCCCUGUCCAGCGAAGUCGAGAUGAGAGGCUUGAGCAUGCGUCAGCCCAGGUGAUUUCUGACCCAGACUCCGGCCUUGAAAGUCCCAAUGGACAAGUGCCUCUUCUCACCUCACGAAAGCGAAGAAGACUACAGGAGAGAGGGGAGGGGGCUCGUAACGUGUCUUACAGACGACAGGAUGUGGAACCGUCCGAUAUCUAUAUUAAAGAGGAGCCAAUAUCUCCUCCGCCAUUCGCCGAUGAUCCCAGCAUGGUUCGAAGCCGGCACUCCGAUCAGCAGCAACCGGUGUACAUCGACAUUGCAUCGCCACAGUACACGCCGGUACUCGAGCGGCAAGAACUCCCAACUCGCAGGCCAGUCUACGAAAAUGAUCCACACUACGAAUUCCCUCAGUCCCGUACAACCUCUCGGCUUGGCACCAGGCGCCCUGCCCGAGAGGAUGGUGAUCUUCGAAGAGUCGCAAGCUUGCAGUAUGCCAGACAGUCAGACUAUCCCCGCGAGUACAUCGAAGCCGAUCCCCAUGGCAGCCGCGCGACGUCGUACGCUGUCAUGGAACGGCCUCAAGAACGUUCCAGAUACUACGAAGAACUCCCCUCUGGGUAUGGGCCUCAGUACAUCACCCUGGAUGACCCGCAGCAGCCCGUCUACCGGGAUCCGUAUUACGAAGAAGCGCCCCCUCCGCGAGCCAUGCCUGCGCCUCAACGGCGUUUUGUGGUCGACGAGCAUGGAAAUCAAUACGAAAUGAUCCCCACGUCGCGACCUCAGCCAAUGGCUCCUCCUCCCCGCCCGAUCUCUCAAAUGCCGAAAGACGUCUAUGACGACCGAGGCCCUGUUCGCACUGCCGGCGUCCGCGCCCCGUCUGUCGUCCAUGAUCCCUAUGUCGAACGCCGAUACAUGCCGGAGAUGCCCCCUCCUCAGCCAGUUUACCGACGUGUCGCUUCGGACUAUGCCCGCCCUGUUGCCGGUGAAAGACGAACAUACGCCGCCCCUAUGGAGAGCCAUGAUCCAUAUACCCGCGGUGGCAGUGUUCAAGUCGCCGAGUAUCUUCCUCGACGUCAAACCUACGUAGAGGAGCAGCCAAUUCCCCAGGAGAGAGUGAUUCGGACAGCCAGUGCCCGGCCCCAGCAAAGUCGGUAUGAAGAGCCCCACCAUGAGAUCGUCCAACGUGUCGGAAGUGUCCGGCCUGCUGGUCCUAGUCGCGAUGUCAGCGUCUUCCUUGACGACAGGCAAAUGGGCGAGUACAUCGAGCGUCCGUACUACGUCCGAGAGCGACGGUAUUUCGAAGGCGAGGAUGGAAAUCGCGUGGCGAUGGAUGGAACUGAGUCGGUUCAGCGUGUUCCGCAGCGCUAUUGA